UCCUGCUCGUCUCUGUACUUCACAUAUAUCAGGACGCAGUGAGUUGCAUUGUGGUCGCUGGUGACGCAGAAACAGAAACCACACACCGAAUUUUACCUCGACAAGACUUUUUUACAGCUCAGAACUUGUGUCCAGCCUGAACAGCCGACAUGUCGUCAACAUCCCAAAAGCACCGAGCAUUUGUGGCCGAGCCCAUGGGGCAGAAGAGAGCGGAGGCCCUGCCAGGCAUCGGGGAGGUCCUGGGUGGAAGACUGAGGGAGAGGGGAUUCGGCAAGGCGAACAACGUUCUCGGGCAGUAUCUGGUGUUGAACCAAGACCAGCAUCUGUUUCAACGCUGGCUGAAGGACACCUGUGGGGCAAAUGCCAAGCAACAACAUGACUGCUAUGCUGGUGUCCAAGAAUGGUGUUCUGGAAAUGUGUAGUUAUGCUGUCUGGAAUAAAGAUUCACGA